UUUUACUCUUAAUAAAGUGAAAUAAAACUUUUUUUAGAGAAUUAAUGGUGUUUGACCAGGGUGAUUCACCAGAAAGUUGCACAAAAUUAUUGAAGUUUUUCCAGUGGAAGUUUGCUGUUUUGAAAACCUCAAAAUUUCACCCGACAGAAAAUUAGAUCAUGUAUUUUGUUGAUCGCUUUGCUAAGAAAAAAACACAGAAGAUGCCCAACUGCUUAACUGAAACUGUGAAAUUAUUGUACUGUAAACUCAUUUUAAAUGAACUUAUUUAGAAAAUUAUCAUAGUGUACAAGCUGUCUAAGGAAACAGUACAUACUAUAUUAAGCCGAAUUACUACCAGAAACUUUUUUAAUUUUAAAGAAAUAUGGUAUUGAUUUUUGAGAUGUAACAUGAAAUGAAGUUUUAAGUUCCCUGAACCUUUAAAACACAAUAUCAGGCUUUUUUAUUGUUUGAUUACUUUAUUUUGCAAUUGUUUGCUGAAUAAUUGUUUUUGACUUCGUCAUAAAUUUUCUUGAGAAAGAUAUUUUCAGGUCAGCUAACGUGGAUGUAUCUGGUGAUUUUGCAGUGCCAAUCAGUUGGUGUCAAUCCAAAGUUACAGUGCUGUGUGAAAAAUGGCAAGUACAGAUGAAGAUGAAGUAAUCAGUGAAUCUGAAACACAACAUCCUAAUGAUGUUAUAUAUAUAUACCCAAUUGCACCAAAGUUAAAAAAAGAAGUUUCUGGUGAAGUAGAUGCUAAUACUAUGCCAGCAUUUCAAUGCCUGGAUGAGCUCAUAACUGAGGGGAAAAUACCAGGAGCUAAGGCUGCCAGACUUAAAGCAAAAUACCAAGACCUUGUUGAUCAUUUAAAGAGAAUUAGAGAAGCUGAAUCAAAGUAUUUGCAUGAAGGAAAAGAGCUUAUGCAAAUUGUGCAAAAACAACGUCAUGAUUUGGAACGUGGUGAAAUGUUUCCAUCUGUUGAAGAUAAUGAAGUAAAUCGGUUAAGAUCAAUAUUGUUAAAACAUGGAAAUGAGCUUGCAGCUUGUAAUGAAAGAUUAUAUCAACUUGACUUUAAGUUAGAAGGGCUUCAAGAAGAGAAAAGGUUAGUUGAAAAGGAGUUUGAAAAAUUACCAAAGAAAGAAGAAAUUGAGAAACAAGUAAAAGACACCACACAAGAUGUAGAUGAUUUGAAAGUAGAAAUUGCUCAACGAACUCAUGAAAUUGCCAGUCUGGAAGAAGAGGGUUUGUCAAGACAAGAUCAAAUGGAAAUAUUAUCAAAGGAAAUGGAAAAGUUAGAAAUGGAGGAACAACUGUUGAAGGAGGAAUUGGUGAAAAUACAUGCAGAACCUGCCCAUUUAAUGAAACAAACAGAAUUGAUAGCACGACAACAAAGAGAUGUCUUAAAUACACACAAGCAGUAUGAAAACAAAAUUGCAGAAGUUAAUAAUGAAAUUUCAAAGAUAUCCGACAAAAAAGCUUUUUUUCUGGAGGAGAAAGAAAGUGUAUCGAACGAUAUACAGAAGCAACGAAGUGCAUAUGAAGAGAAUGAGAAAGAAGUCAGCUUAUUAAUGAAAGAAUGUGAUUUAGCUAAAGAACGGCAAGCAGAGUUGCUAGGUGACAGAACAAGUUUGGAUUUGAAUAUCAAGCAUGCACAUAUGAAUAAAAGAUCUGAGCAUGAUAUCCAUGCUCGAAAAAUUCGUGAAAAAGAUCGUGAUUUAAAAAGUUUAAAGAAAGCGGAAAUAAAUUAUAACAUCAUCAAAGAUAGUUAUAAUCACACGAAAGGUAUGUACGAUAAGAUUAAAGCUCAAGUGGAUUCACAGCCUAAAGAUGAUGGAUCUCUUUUCGAAAAGAGAAGAGAAUUGCAGAAAGAAGUUGACAAUGCCAAAAGGGCGUACACGCAGCAGAACGCAUUAACUGUGCACGAAAAGCAGCGUGUCGAGAGAGGCAUCCACGAUGAAGAAAGACUGCUCACAGAGCAGAGCCAACUUCGCAUUGAUGUGGUAGAUUUAACAAGACUUGCACAAAUUAAAGCUGACGAGAGAGAACAAAAAGCUAGAGAUUAUUUAAAAGCAGAAGUACGAUACCAUAAGGCGCUGGAAGACUUAAAAACAAAAGAUCUAGCCAUACAAGAUAAUACGAAAAAGUUUGCGGAAGUACAGAAACGGUUGGACGAUUUUGCAAAAUUGUACGACAUCAUCAAAAAUGAGCGCAAUAAAUGCGUUAAUUUGAUCCAGAUGAGUACGCAAAAAGCUGCAGAAAUGCAGGAGAAGAUCAAAAUUCUACAGAAUGAGAUUGAAAUAUUAAGAACAGCUGCUGCAUCGAAAGAAAGACAGUUCCAAAAAUCUAAGCUGAAGCACGCGAACGGUGUAGUGAUAAGAGAUAGCUUACGUAAUGAAGUGAGUAAACAACAAAUGACUUCAGAAGAAUUGAAAGAACAGAUGGAGCAACAGAGGUUAGCUAUCUCCAAACUCAACGAACUUAUCAACAAAGCUGAAGAAAAUAUGGUUGAAUUGCGUCGCAGAUAUGAAAGCUCAGUGCAGGAAAGAAAUCGCAGGGGGAUUCAGUUGAUUGAAAGAAACGAAGAAGUGUGCGUGCUUUAUGAGAAAGUUAAUGUUCAGGGUUCCAUCAUACGGAAUGGGGAUAUGGAAUUGCAGAGUCGUGAAGAAGAAAUCAGAUUCCUAAAAAUGGAAACUGCUGACUUAAAGCGCUCUAUUGACUUAUUAAAAAGUUCGCUACCUAACAAAAAGGCUUUAGAUAAUGAAGUCACAACGCUUCAAAUUCAACUUGCGCAAUGUCAGGAAUAUAUUUUGGAUUUAGAACACAAUCUAGAAGACGCCACUAAUGCUGAUCGCAUUCGUUUACUACCAGGUAGCGACCCUUCAAUGGAAGAAUUGGAAUGCAAAUGUGUAGAGCUGGAAAAAAAACUGACCUGCAAAGAGGAGCAGUUAUUGGAGAAAGAAUUGAUACAUGAACAAGUUAAUCGCCUUUCCGAAAAAUUAAAAGCUCGAUCGGACACCGGAAAAACGGAUACUUUAGCAUUGGCUAAAAAGAUAAACGAAGUUCAAGCAAAGAUCAAGGAAACUACAAGAAAGAUGAUGGCGAUGGUUUCUGAAUUGUCGAUGAAUCAGGCUUUAGCUAUGAAGCUUGGGCAAGAAAUUCGCUCAAAAGAGGAACACGUACAGCAAUGCUAUGUACGAAUGGAGAGAGGUGAAGCUCCAUCGCAGGAGAUAGAACAUGAGUGGUUACGUUAUCUUCGAGAAGAAGUUCGAAAAAUAAAAGAACAAAAUGAGCGAGCUAGGGCAGAAGAAGAAUUGGAACAUUACACAAUUCCAGGUGGAAUCACCACAACAGCUGAACCACGCCCAAACGCCUACAUACCUGAUGAUGGCAAUGAUUUACCUCUUCCCAGACCUUACGGAGGUAAUGCACCGUUUAAACCAACUGAACCAGGUAGCAACAUGAGACAUAUACGAAAACCCGUGGUCAAACCUAUUGAAAUAUAAACUAUAUUUUAAUUUUAACUGUUCAUAAUAUGUACGUAAACAUAAAUUGUAAAUAUUUUUUGAGAUUGUAAUUUUGUAUAAAGCAAAAUAUAUUUUCUUUAUAUUGAGGCA